AUGGACGCCCUCAUCGCCAAAGCGGAUGCGAUUCGUCCAGUCACGAAGAAAAGACGUAUCCAUCAAAAUGAAUCCCAGAAGAAGUCAGGAACAUCACGACCAGGGCCCUCGGACGACCGCACGUUAGGCUCGGUCUCUCUGCACACCGCACUGCCCAAGUCUCUUCGACCGACGUCCCCUCCUCCCGAAAACGUGCCAAAAUACGGUCAUAUUCAGGACAAGAAGCUUCGGGCGCAACUAACCCGACAGUCCACGCAGUCUGCACGGUCAAAGGCACUUGUGAAGGAUGCGGAGUUGCUGCUCACGGAGGAGGCGGGGCUCAUGGAGGUGGAAGGGGAUGUGGAGAAGACGUGGAGGAUUGGACAGAACGAGAUUGUGCAGGCGGCAGGACAGGAAGCUGCUCAAGGGAGGAAGGAGUGGAAGCUGGAUGGUGGGCCGUACCGCUCGAGAUAUACGCGGAAUGGGAGACAUCUGGCCAUUGUUGGAAGGAAAGGCCAUGUCGCAACAUUUGACUGGCAGACGGGAACGAUGCAUGCUGAGCUGCAACUACGAGAAACAUGUCGGGAUAUCACUUUCCUCCAUGACCAUUCACAUUUCGCCGUAGCACAGCAAAAAUACGUCUACAUCUACGAUCGUGACGGCGUGGAGCUGCACCAGCUGAAGUCGCAUAUCGAGCCUACACGGCUUGAGUUUCUUCCAUAUCAUUGGCUCCUUGCUAGCGUCGGCAACGCUGGCUAUCUCAAAUACCAAGACACUUCUACGGGACAACUGCUUGUCGAGCACCGCACGAAACUCGGCGCACCCAGCGCCAUGACCCAAAACGCACAUAACGCCGUCAUCCACCUCGGACACGCCAACGGCACAGUCACGCUCUGGACACCAAACCUUCCACAUCCCGCUGUCCGCCUACUCGCUCACCUCGGACCUGUCGCAAGUGUGAGCGUCGAUCCGAGUACGGCAGGAAGGUACAUGUCCACGGCAGGCCAGGAUGGGUUGGUGAAGGUGUGGGACUGUCGGAAUUGGAAAGGGGCGGUACGGACGUGGAACGCGAGAGGCGGUGGUGGCGAAGUGGAAUGGAGCCAGCGAGGCGCGCUCGCCGUAGCUUCCGGCGGGAGUGUCAACGUAUACACGAAGCCGUCUAUACAAACACCUCUUGCAGCGACUGUUUCCCCGCCGCUCUACCUCACGCAUCCCAUUCCCCACCGCCCAUUGACCUCCCUGCGCUUCUGCCCCUUCCACGAUGUCCUCACGGUUGGGCACAACGCCGGCCUCUCGAGCAUCAUCGUCCCAGGCUCGGGCGAGCCCAACUUUGACAGCGCCGAAGCGGACCCGUUCGAGAACAAGCGCGCCAGGAGGGAACGGGAGGUCAAGGGCCUGUUGGACAAGAUCCAACCAGACAUGAUCGCGCUCGACCCCGAGUUCGUCGGCUCGCUCGCUCCGGAGCCCAAACUCACCACCGCCGUCGGCGGCGAGCCCGACGUCCCCUUCGCGCGCCUUCCACGGCUGGAACGUCUGCGUGUGCAGGGCAAAGCGGACGAGAAGGAGGACGGCGACGAGGGUCUUGUUGAUGACGACGAUGACGACGAUGAGGCCGCGAAGAAGAGGCCGACGAAGGAGGAGAAAGAAAAGAAGAAAAUGCGCGGGAAGAACAAGACGCUCAAGAGGUACCUCCGCAAGCAGCGCAAGAACGUCAUUGAUCCUCGAGCGCUUGCCGUACGUGCCAAACUGGAGAAGCAGAGGGAGGAGAGGCGGAAGGCCAGGGCCGCCGCUGCCGGACACGCAGAGGAUCGGAAGCCUUCCGCUCUGGAUCGUUUCGGGCGGUCAGCACCAUGA